AGUGGACACCUACCUUUACUUCGAUGAAAACAAGAAUCACGGCAAAACACGUUCAUUGCCUGGAUUAAUUUGUCCGCAUAUCUCGUUAUGGAUAAACCAGACUGUAAAUAUGGACUUGAGUGCUAUCAGAAGAAUCCAGCUCAUAAGGAAAAGUAUCGUCAUCCGGAAAAACCCACAGCCAGUGAAACAACAGAUAAAACUAAAACUGAUUCAACAUCUCCCAAGAAAAACGACGCAUCGGCGGCUUCAAAACAUCGAUCCGCUUCACCAGAUAGUUCGGAUGUGUUUGAAUCAAUAAAGAAAUGUAAGCGUCCACCGACUCCAGAGAAAGACCACAAUAAUGAUGAGGAAAAAGAUGAAAGUAACCAGUAUUACGGAAUGACUCGUCAACGAUACACUCUACCGGAGGUUCCAAUGGAUGCGGGGAUGAUGAGUGACAUAUACGAUCCACAAAUUGAAUUCUCCAAGAAAGCCGAAUAUAAAGAGCUCUGUGAAGAUCCGAAACAAUUUAUAAAACAUAAAUUCCUGGUCGAUAUGCCCAGCUGCUUCGAAUCGCUGUGGAAAUUUUGUGUAUCGAAAAGUGGAGAAAAACCGGAAGAUGUGUUCGAUAAAUUCGGACUUCGUUUGAUUGGUCCAUUUGAUGUUUUGGCUAAAAAGUUUGAACACGCCAAGAUGCACGAGCCCGGAGAUUAUCUACGGCAUUGGCGAUUCUACUACGAUCCGCCGGAAUUCCAAACAGUGUUUGUCAAGAAAGGAACAGGGGUACAUUACGGAUACUGGAGAGAUCAGCCAGAUGAUACCAGUGGAUUGAUGGCGGUCAAUGACGCAAAUAAAGGAUGUGAAUUCAAGCUCAUCGGGGAGAAUGCAUUUGAUGCUGUGAUACAUUUCUUAGAAAAUGAAGUCGUAACGACACCUUUCAAUAAAUCACAAAUUACUUCGAUGAAAAGAUCUCUGGAAGAGUGGGCUAAAGAUCAUAACAUUGGAUUGAAAGGUGGAGACAAAUUGAAGGCACGCGGUAAAACAGUAGUCUGCAAAACAUUCCACAAGGCCGGAAUCGUCGUUCCUUUUGAUAGGAAAAAAGAGGUUGGCUACAGAGAGUUGCUGGAGAGUGAUGCUAACUUGAAGAAAAUUCUCGCAAAAUUCGACACCAUUGAUAAUGCACCGGAUAAAAUUGAGUUUGAUGCGGCGAUGUCCCAGCUUCAGCCAAUUGUAACCGCUGCCUUCAUCGCGGUGGAUGAGUGUGACUUUGGAACGGCGCUCGAAUUAGCGAUAGACUUAUUCUGUCAUGGAACGGAGAAUCUGCACAAAGUAGCGAAACCACUAUUUGUGACGGCAUAUUCAAUGCUACAGAGACCGCAGUUUAUUGCAAUUAUGAAGUCACACUUGGAAGAUCGCCGGAAGGGUAUAGACUUGGAUCUAUUGACAAAAUAAACCAAAUUUGCAUCGUAUUUAUUUUUAUCUUCAUUACAUCAUCGGAUACAAAUAUACUUUCUAAUUAUUUUGCAUAAUUAUA